AUGAAUUAAAGUUAUAAUUCUGCUAAAUAAAAGCUUAUUGAAGAGAAUUUUAGAUCAUAAAAAAGAGCAGGAAUGAGGAUGAAAUAGAAAGUAAAUAUUAAAAUUAAAAUAAAGAUACCUAUUAAAUUAGCCAUAAGAGAAAAAGCUACAUUAAAACUCUGUAAUGGAAUGAAUAGAACAAAUAUUAAAAUUAACGUAAAAUCAAACAAAAAUGAUCUUUCAACAAAUUUUAAGUCUUGA